AUGGCCAGAUCCAUCCCAAGGGCCGAUGUACCGCCGCCCCCAAAUCCAGAACCUAUUCACCUCACGACAUUACCUCUCCCGCCUGUUUCCCCCAGCAGCAACAUCGGCGCCUGCACCUCGGAGAUCAAUUCAAGAGGCACGGGCUGCAUGACCCUGUCGUCAAAUUUGGAUUUCCAAGCAGGUGGCUUCCUCCCAGAUGGAAAGCAUGUCCUGGUUUUCGUUACCUUCACCGGGGCGCCCCUAUCUCCUGAUCAUGCCAGUGUUUACAAUGGCAGUCACAUUCUAGCUGUGAAAACCAACGGCAAGAAGUUCCCCAAUGGAGACCCCUGGAAGUGCCUGACUUGUGGGAUACCUGAUGAAAACGCCAUCGGGAAAACCAUGACCUUUGACCACCCUCAAGCGUUUGGGGAUGGGAAGAGGAUUCUGUUCGGUACCAAUAUUCUUGACUGUGGAAAAUACGACCUUGUCAGCAGAGAGUGUACCCCUACACGUUCUCACAUCUAUCCCAUCCGAUGGAACACAACUCCCGAUGGUAGCGGCAAGGGUGGCUCAAUCCGAGAGCUGCGUUUACAUCCCGACGAUGUACACAUUGGCUUCAGUUCGUUUAGCACUGCAAACGGAAAGCUAGGCCAGUUUGCCUACUUUGGAAGACUGCAGUUCAACGCUAAGCCAACGACUGGUACCACUCUGACUCCUCGAUAUGACCUUAUUCGAGUCACCCGGUUGUUCAAUCCGAAUAGCAAGCAAGCCGUCGAGGUUAAGGGGGAUGCCAUCUUUGUCAAUCGAGAUGCCAUUUCCGUCGGCGAAUUCCGAGGAUUUAGUGGCCGAGGCACUGAAGCUACGUACGUCGGGUCUCCAGUCGAGUCCUCCAACAUUGAUGUCUUUGCCGUACACCUUCAGACCGGCAAGGUGAGAAGGCUCACUAGCCACCCUGAGUACUGUGAUCCGGUGGCUAUUUCGCCUGAUGACCAGUGGGUCGCGAUUGAGGAUACGCGCGGAACAGAUCGGCAGAUGUGGCUCUCAGGCAUGAGGAACAUCCCUCCCAUCACAGAUCUGAUUACCACUUCCGUCACGUCAGCUACCAGGAAUAAUGGCCAACGGCGGUAUUUCAGACCGUACUUGCUGGAUCGCUAUGGAGACCGUGGGCAGUACUUUGGCCAGAAAAUCAAUGGUGGGCAGGGUGUUGCUGGCAGUGGUGAUCUCGAUGACCCUGAGUGGAAUGCGAUGGCUGAUCCGAGAUGGUCUCCUGACGGAACUCAGAUUGUGUACUGGGAGGCUCAGACUAUCGCACCGGCAUGUGGAGGGAAGAACCCACUUCCAUGCUACCCUUCAAAGGAGCCUGGCGGCAGGCGGACACGUGUGGUGUUGGCCACUCUCUCUACCCGGAAGCCACUCAAACUGUCUGCGGUCAAACCCAUCUCGGAUGAGAUCCCCUGGGGUGUGCCAUAUUCUCCUGGCGAAGCCAACCCCGCUCGACUAGCCCCGCCAGCAGGUAACUAUACUCUGAAGGGCACGAAAGAGGGAUACGCAGAUGUUGAGAUCAUUGGGAGAAAUGAUGGAUCCAUAAGCGAGAUUAGGGUGACUUAUCAUGGCUACUCAGAUGAUGGAUCGACAUUGCUCAAUGGGUUUGAGAGAGUGGAAACCUCGACUCUAUCAUUAACCCUCACGCACAUCGACUGGUAUUCCAACCUCACGCAGACUGGAAAGUCAACAAACACCAAGAUAACGAGCUCCGAUGGAUUUCAUCUCGAUAUCGAUGUUCUAACAAACAUAUUCCAGGCGAAUGGGACUUUGAAGACAACUCUCGAUGGACAUGUUUACACACAGCCUGCCAAUGAAACUUGA